AUUGAAUUAUUUCGAUCAUCGUGUUUACCAUUACAAGCAAGUCAUUAUAUUAAAAGCUAAGCUUGUCAUUUUCGGAAGAAAUAGAUGAAAUAAAUUAUUACACUAGCUAUAACUGAACAUGAGUACAUUACAGAAGAUUCUCAGCUGUAAGUACAAGAAUCUUUAGAUUUUUAUGCAGUAAAGACGUAGGAAUAGAUUUAAAUAUUUUAUGUUGUCGGUGGAUGAAAAUGGAAGAUAAACUAACCUCCGUAAAGUAUUUUUAAUAUAUCUAGAGCACUUGACUUUCAGAAUUUUUUGGAUUAUAAAUAUAUCUUAGAACUACAAAAUGAGUCAGAGUGUAGAUGUUGUUGAUUUAAUUUCUACGUUACUGGAUAAUGAAAAAUAUAAGGAGGCCCUAAAUGCGUCUCAUGAGAAAAGAUUAACUGCAGCUUAUAAGGAUAAUUGUUGGGAUUUAAUAUCUGUAAUUGUGGGUAAAAUUCAAGAUGAUAGUGUUACUAUAAAACCAUCACUAUAUGGCACCUGUGAACAAUUGUUAUCAAUAAUUAUUGAGGAAUGUGCUCCAGAGGAAGCUCUGCUAGAGUUUAUAGAGUUAUUAGAACUUGCGAAGAAUGAUGCUCAAUUUGGGAUUAUUUUACCAGCACUUCAACAAAUUCUGAAAAAAAAGUCUUUUAAAAGGGGAAGAUCUUUGGAAUGGUGUUUUAAUUCAAUAAGCUCUUACAUUGAAAAUAUUGCUGUAUCUGAACACCAAUUGGAAGGUGAGGAAAGGUUGUUGAUGGAUUCUGAUCCUAACAUCAGGAGGAUUAUAAGGGUAUACAGCCUGUUACCCCCAUUCUACAGAUAUUUUAUUGAUGAGAUCAUUCAAGUUGAUUCAACCUGCAACAACAAUGUGCACACAAAACAAAUAAUAACAGCCUUUCUGAUAAGUCUUCUUGGGAAACCUUUGAUUUACAUUGAUAUGGAUCCAGAAACAAAUGCAAACAGUGAAGCUAGACUAAACUGUUCAAUUAUUGUAAAAGACAUUUGUAGUCUUGAGAAAAAUAUUUUAAAAUUCUUAGUAUACUUAGAAGCCAGUGAUAGAGACUCAAAGAAGAAACCUGCAAAGGGUAAUGAUAUGGAAGAAGAGAAGUUGCCUUAUGAACAUGAAGAAAAGAUCAACUUGACCACAUUAUCUGGCUUGUUCUAUACUGUUCUAUCAGGACAUUUUCAAAUACCAGAAACUGCAAUACCACAAGUGUAUAGCUUAGAAUAUAUACUCCAUACAGCAAUGCUUUCUGUGAUUCACUUACUGAAUUUUCCUGAAUAUGGCCCAUUGACCAAAGCACUUGCUUUAUGUGAGGUCAUAGUUAAUCGCUUCCCCAAUAGGCAGUCACAUGAACUUCUAUCAUCAUCUGUGCAUUUUCGUAUGUGCAAAGGAUUAUUUAAUGUAGCUAUAUACUCUAGUUAUGAAUCUAUUCGUAAAAAGUCAGUAGCCUUGAUUGGACAACAAAUUAAUAAAUUUGAUUACAAAGGAAGAUGUGCACUAAUUAAAUAUUUGAUUGAAGUAUCAAAUCAUUCAGGCAUGAUUGGCUAUGCAAUAACUUUAUAUAAAAGCUCAUUAAAUGAAGCCUUUGAGGAUCCUUGUAUAGAUGAUUGUUUCAGGGGUCCUCAAUUAUUAAACAUGUUAAAAAAAAUAUGCUAUCUUCCUCAUGGUGCCGAGUCAGAUCUUGUUGAACUUGCUGAUCAAAUUAUAACUGCUUUAAAUUUUCUUAGAUAUUUAGCUUUAAAAGAUACAAAAAAUUUAACAGGUAUCCGGGAUUGCUUUUCGUAUAUUGAAAAUAAUUAUUUAGAACAGCUAAGAGUUGGAUUAAAUAUGUCAAAAGCUCACUAUGAGGUUAAGCUUAAGGAUAUUGAAGAAGGAAAAAAUCUACCUGGAAGCAAUAUAAAUGUAUCUGUUAAUGUAGGUGGAAAUGUAUUGGACAAGAUACCUGAAGAAAAUGUGAAAGAAAUGAUAUAUUCCGCUUUGAAUGCUUUUCAUCUAAUUGAAGGUUUAAUAGGACGUUUAUGUGAAUGUAUAAAUAUAAAUAAAAUGCAGCAGUUACAAAUGUAAUGUUAAUAAAUAUAAAAGCUAAGCUUUGUUUUAUACAAGUAAUAAAUAAUUUUACUGUCAUAUAGUAACUAUUUGUUUAUUUUGUUCUAAGCUCCUCAAAAUUGGCAUAAUCCUAGUCAUUUUUUUAUUAGUUAUAUAUUUAUUUUGUUAACAGCCUUGAAGAAUGGCCGUAGGACC